GAAGUGAACAUUGACUUGGACAAACUGCCGAACGAUAUGGCUUAUCACAGAACUGGAGCACAAUUAAAUCCAAAAUUAGAGAAACUGGAGUUUCCAAGAAAUGAUAUAAUCUAUAUCUGUGACCUUGGUCAAGGAGCUUUUGGACAUGUUUUUCAAGCAAAGGCACCAGGUCUUGUGAAGGGGGAGGAAUUCACUCUGGUGGCAGUGAAGAUGCUUAAGGAUGAAACUUCAGAAGAUCUGCAGGUGGAUUUUGAGAGAGAGGCUUGUUUACUGGCAGAAUUUGACCAUCCAAACAUUGUGAAACUAUUGGGAGUGUGUGCAAUUGGGCGACCCAUGUGCUUGCUGUUUGAAUACAUGGGUCGCGGUGACCUCAAUGAGUUCCUGCGCUCUUGUUCACCCAGUAACUAUAUUGUGCGCAGUUCUGAAGGAGAUGGUGAAAUGUUCAAAGAUGUGGAAUUAACUCAUGUUUCUGGUGAAUGUGGCACGGCAGGUGGCUGCUGGCAUG